AUGAACCCGUACUUCUUCCUCGGCGACGAGGAGCGGCAGGAGUGCAUCGACACCAUCGUCGGGAUGCUGCCGGUGAACCUCGAGGUGCUGGUGCUGACGCUGACCAUCCAUGGUACAUGGAUGGGGUUCGCGGAUAUGGGGAACAUACUGCCGAGCGCCGAGCCCGACGACUGGGACGACGAGGCGCUGGACGAUGAGACGCUCGAUAGGCGAGACCGGGACGAUAUUCCGAUCCGGGAGCGGUCUGUUUUCGUUGCCUCGGUGUGUCUGGUGCACCUGAUCAAGCGACGGCCGGAGCUCAAGACCAUUUUCAUUGACCAAUCACUGGCCUAG